UUUUGUGUUCAAUCGAUAAUUUCAUAUCGUAGUAUGGAGUGAAGAAAAAAUUGAUGUUUCUUUUGUUGAAAUUCCGCUGUUAGCUAUACACAAGACUGUUGUGUGGUAUCACAGAAAAAUACGAUGGAGUGAUGAAGUUUAAAAAUCACCUGUUUCGAAAAAAUCUCAGCUGAGCUGUUAUUGAUGCACCCUUCCCAGUAUCAAAACAUUGCACCAAAGUGAAGUAAAUUUUGAUACAUCUUCAUAAUCCUCAUACAGUUCAAAUGAGUUAUAUUCAUAGACACAAUGUCGGACGACUCGGAAGAAGCUUGUCUUGUUAGACCAAGAUCACCAUCGUUGACAAGUUCAUUAACGGGAAUAAUGCAGUAUACGCAAGGAUUGCCAAGCUCGCAGCAUCAUGCGCCCGACAACAAUACCAUGAACAACCAUAGUUCGAUCCACAGCCAGGGCUCUCAUUCAACAGCACGGGGUUCACAGUCAGAAUCGGGUGAACUUAUUGAUUAUAGUGACGAUGUGAUACUGAGUCAGUUUCACGCAGAUGCGAUAAAACAAGCCGGCUUCGGGAAAUUCCAGUUGAUUGCUUCCAUCAUUAGCGGCCUUGGCUUAGCUGGACAUGCCAUCCAAGUUUAUGCUAUAUUUUACAUCAUACCAUCAGCAGAAGUUGAAUACUGCAUUCUUGAUACGGAGAAAAGUUGGCUUGGUUCCAUAACACUGCUGGGUAUGGCAAUUGGAGCAUUACUUUGGGGUGGAUUGGCUGGGCGAGCUGGCCGUAGAAAAGCUCUCUUAAGUUGUUUAGCGGUCUGUGGAGUCUUUUCCGUUAUAGCAGCCUUCAUGCCGACAUAUGGUACAUUCAUGAUGGCUCGGUUCUGUGCAGCUACCGGAAUAGGUGGUGCACUACCAACUGCUACUGUAUACUUGUGUGAGUUGACUCCAGUUAAUUUCCGUGCUCGAAUGUUAGGCUUAUUGGGUGCACUUGGUACUGCCGGAGGGAUGUUUGCUGGGGCAGUAGCAACAGUUACCGUUCCAGAAACCGGUCAAAAAGUAAUACAAGAGAACAAGGAACAUUUCAGUGCUUGGCAUCGUUAUUUGCUUCUUAGUACAUUGCCGACAUUUGCGUCCAUUCUCGGUCUCUUUUGGCUGCCAGAAUCACCCAGAUACUUGCUUGAAAACUCUAGAGAAGUGGAAGCGCUUACAAUCUAUCAGAAAAUUUAUCAGAACAAUCGAACUCGUGGUGGUUAUUCGCUGACAGAACUUGAAUUGCCUGGAACUCGGACACAUCGAAACCUGCCAUCUUCAGUAUUACAGGAAAUGGCAACCAGUAUCACUUUAUUCUUUGGUAGCUUUUUCCAGUUAUUUAACAAAGUCAACUUGAGGCGAACGUUGCUUUUAUUCGCGGCUUGGACAACGACGCUUUUAGUAUAUCACGGAUUAACCGUUUAUGUAGCCGAAUACUCCAAAAGUCUGGAGAGGGAAAACUACUCACGCAAUACAAUCAACAAGGACAACGUGUCGUAUGAAAAUAUAGAAUUCAAUAAAUCGAUUGAAAAUACAGUGUACACCAAUUGUCGAUUUAUGAAUUGCACUUUUAGAAGGAUGUUCAUUAGUCACGUGGUAUUCAAUAACUGCACAUUUCAAGACACGGAAUUCACCAACGUAAAGACUAGUCGUACACAAUUCAAAUUCAGUAUAUUGGAUGACGUAGGCCUAAUCGACACAGAUUUAACGGAGCGUCAUUUUGUCGAUUGUUUGAUGAAUAAUGUUACAACACUACGAUUAUUAUCUACCUGCGAUAGAGAUUUUGAAUAUAAUAUUUAUCUUGACACUGUGUGGAAAUCACAUUUUGGAGCUUUGCUACCAGCGGUUGUAUUCAUGUUAAUGGUUGGCGAGGGAUCGCACCGUUUUGGACGAUGCAGAGCAGCAACUCUUUGUUUCGGCUUUGCCAUCAGUUUAACUUUAACGUUUUCAUUGCUCUAUCAUAAUCUACAAAUUAUAUGGACCGCAGGUUCGGCACAAGGUUUAAUGCUGGCAGGAAUUGCUGCACUAACUUUGAUGGCAAUAGAAAGUUACACAACGUCCUUAAGGUGUACAGCGAUUGGAUUUUUCGUCGCUGGUGGACAUUUUGGAGCAUUAGUUGGGGCUCAAUUAUACGCUGCAUUCCCAGUGAUAUCGUCGAAAGUGGCCGCAAUAGUGUCUGCUUUAUUUCUGAGCGUUCCCAUCACUUCUGCGAUCAUACUGAGAGAUCCGUGCUUGUUACUAUAAGUGCAAUAUCAAUACAAAAUAGAGAAAGCAAUUGAGCAUCCAAGUUAAAUUAGAUUGAAUGCUCGUGAUGAAGGCUACAUUCCAUUAAUCAUUUAUUUUCUAUACAUGAUGCGUUCCAUAGUUACCAGGACUUUAUUUAAAACAGUAUAUUCGAGUGGCAUCCCAUAUCGAUGUCCUGAAAACAAAGUAGAUACAUUCCUCACUGGAAUUCCGUGAUAAUAGUCGUCUAGAAGUGGGGUUAUUGUUUUAUUUGAGAUUUUAUGUUUGUUAGAACAUUGAAAUACUUGAUUAUUUUAUCUAAAAUAAAUGACUUAAGUUUUUCCGAAUUAUUUUCUAGAAAACUAUUUUAAAUAAAAUGAUAUAAUGAUAUAAUGAUAUAAUGAUUUUAAAUAAAAUGAUAUAUAUAUAUAUAUCUGCAUUUUUUUUUGGAACGCACCUUGUGUAUACUGGACGAAAAUUUCUGGCGUUUUUGUGUUUCACUGAGAUUGAAAUAGAAUGUUAGUAUUUCAUGUAGCAACCAGGCUGUAAUGAACCUCUCGUAUAAAAUAUGUUGAAUUAUUAUACUUUUUGCUAGGAGAUACUAUCCUCGACAUUAAUUGAUAGAUAAUUGAAGUGAAAGUAAUUUUAAGAAAUAGAGAAAUACGUUCUUGAGGGCGGACAACCUCCUUCUGCUUCACAACAGUAUCAACCAUCCAAUAAAUCCUUCAAUUGAUUCAGGAUAACAAAAAUCGAUUCACUACGUGCAUAUCAUGCUGUAAUUGCAACAAAAAUGUUAAUAGCUUUUUUUUUGAAAAAAGCGUGCUCAUUGUAUCAAUUUAGAAUAUGGCUAAAAUGAUUAAGCGAAGAUGAAAUUUAUUACCCAUAUCAUAAUAAACAUAGAACAAAGUUCAA